AUGGCCACACUCCGCCUGGUCGAGGCCGCAAAGAACGCUUCGUCACAGGGCUAUGCAGAGCCUCCUGCAACAUCCAGCAGCGCUAGCACAGGCAGCCGCAAGAUCUGGAAAAGGCCAAGUGGAGGAGUGCAGACGAGGCAAGACAUCCUCGAGCUGUUGGACGAAACCAUCCGAGUGCAGGGCAUUGUGCAGACUGAAAUCAGUCAGCUGGCCAGAAGCAUAGCGAAAGAGGCGAAGGAGAAGCAGGAGGGCAAGAAGAAGAAGAAGAAGGCCCUCUCCAUCACCGAGGCUUUUCGCAGAAUCAAGGAAAUGCAGCUGCCGAUAGAUCCCCUGGAGGAGCUCAACCUCAGUGAGCAGGCCUUCCAAAAGCUUCUCACAGAGUACGAGCAGGACCAGGAGGUCUCGGCCAAGGCCCAGCUGCUCCUUCACCCGGAGCCCAAAGGCGACCUCGCCAAAGCCCGGAGUAUUGGCAUUGAGAAGAUCGUGGAGAUCCAUCAGUUCAUGGUGGUGGAGAUGCAGAAAGUUCUCACGGAAUUCCUGGCGCUGGAUCAGGAGACGCGUCGAAGCUUCAGCAACAAGGCAUGUGAGACCACUGCUGAACUUCUCGUGUCCGUUGCAGUGGAACAGCAGCUCGGCGUACACUGUGAGGACGUAGAGCAGGCAGUGAUGCAGCACGAAGAGGUGCUGGCAAAUCAUCCAGAGUUUGCGCGCUGCACCGAGCAGCUCGCGAACAUGAUGCAGCACCUCACGGGUGCAGCCCAGCCAAGGGCCAACAAGGCAGAUUUCCUGGAGGUUCUCCGAAACAUGGCGGACCACUCCCAGAAGGCCAAGGACUUCGCCAAGAAGGUCUACGAAGAGUACCGGGCGAAGACCUGUCCGGUUGGGGAUGCCUACCGCCGCUUCGAGGACUUUGCUGCCGAGGCGCCGGCUGCAAAGGAGGGCCUCGAGGACCUGACGCCCGUGGAGCUGCAGCUCUGCUAUGAUGAGUACCGGGAAGAUCCCGAGGUGCACCGUGCAUGGUCCAAAGCUGGAGUGGAGAACAGCAUCAUGAUGGCCAGCUGCGUCACCUCCCUCCUCAAGAACGAGGCCUCCACGCCUUUGCCGGAGGACAAGAAGGGGAAGAAGAUGAAGACCUCGGAAAUCGUGGAGAUGCAGGAGCUGAUGGUGGAUGAGAUGAAGCGCCUUUCUGAGGCCUCGAGUGCUGCAGCCAAGGCCUCACCAUCCUCGCCGUGGCGAGCAGAGAUUGCCAUGCAGAUGGUGCAGUCGCUUGCAAGUGCAGCGGUGGAAAGAAGGUACGGAGUGUCACCAGAGGAGAUGACAAUCGCCGGCAUCCAAAAUGCUCCCGCCUUGCAGAAGAACGAGCGCUUCGUCCGUGCAACGGAGAAGCAGCAGGAGAUCAUCAUGGCGGUGGCGCAGUUUUGUGCACAGUAG